AUGGCAAUGAACUGUCUCUCCCUCCUCCUAGACAGGGGCGCUGCUGAAGGACAAUUUGGCUAUCACCAACAAUGCAGAGACUCCAAGCUAACUCAUCUAUGCUUCGCAAAUGAUCUCCUUAUCUUCUGUGAUGGAUCGCUGCAAUCGGUAACAAAUGUUUUGAGGAUCUUGGAGCAAUUUGCUGAGGUUUCGGGUCUAACGGUUAGCAUAUGCCUAACUGAACCUGAAAUCAACAACAUCUCAUCAACAACGGGGUUGGUUCAUGCCAUUCUACCGAUAAGAUAUCUAGGGGUGCCCCUGGUAACAAAAAAACUAUCCCUAGCAAACUGUGAACCCCUGAUUCAGCAAGUGAAAAAGAAAAUUUAUAGUUGGAGUGCAUGCUCUUUAUCCUUUGCUGGUCGAUUACUUCUCAUCAACACAGUUAUUGCAAGGAUCUCAAAUUUCUGGUGUUCCACCUUCACGAUCCCAAAGAAAUGCAUCAAAAUUAUAAACUCGUUAUGUGGAGCAUACCUGUGGAGAGGAACCACUGAGGGGCACCAUUCUGCUCGAGUAUCUUGGGAUACAGUCACUCUAUCGAAAGAGGAAGGAGGACUCGGGAUCAGAGACCUCAACUAUUGGAAUAAGGCAUGCACUCUCAAGCUGUUGUGGCUAUUCUUCUUCAGAUCAUGCUCUAUCUGGGUCGCUUGGUUCACUAAGACGAUCCUAAGCGACUGCAAAAGCAAUUUCUGGACUAUAAAGGAGAAGCAGAGCCAUUCCUUUGCAAUUAAGAAACUAUUGAGAGUGAGAGAUCUAGCUUACCCCUGGAUAAAGAUCAAGAUAGGCAACGGGCGUUCGGCAAGGUUAUGGACCAACAACUGGAGCAGUUUUGGCAACAUCAGGGAACUUCUCAGACUACCCUCCUACUCGGCACUAGGCAUCACACCCACUUCAACUCUUCAUGACAUUCACCGAAAUGGUGUCUGGCUAAUAUGGGCACCAAGAUCUGAUGUGCAGGUAGAAAUUCAUGCCCUCUUAACAACCAUCACUCUCAACACUGAUGAGGACAUGUAUGAAUGGUGUCCCAACGGCUCAGCUACCUUAGUCUUCUCCACCGGUGCGAUAUACUGA